GGGGAGGAGGCGGAGGGAGCAGCGGAGCGCUUGCUCGCCAAACUAGGACUUGGUCGGGGAGGGCUGGCCCGCCGCUGCUCCACAGCUACUGCUGCCCUCUCGUCACCUGCGGGGACUUCAGCGCCAUUCCGGAUCAGCCACCGCCAGGCACAAUGGAAACCUUUUUUAAGAGGCACUUUGGAAAGAAGGGGCUGCCAGGCCCGCGGCGUGCCAGCGUGGUGGCUGUGCCCACAGGCAAGGCCCGCCGCCGCUCCCAGGCCGGGCUGCCCUCCGCUUCACUGGCCCAGCGCCGUCGUGGCUCGGGGGCCCCGCUGCCAGCCCUCUCCUGUUUGCCCCUGCCUCGCCGCCGCGGCCCCCGCCGGCGCUCCAGCACCACACCGCCAUGCCUCAGCCCCCGCUUCGCCGUGCAGCAGCAGCGUGGGGGCUGCCCGCCAGCCAUCAAUGCCACGCUGCUGGGGCCCUCCGUGCUGCUGGCCGGCUUCCUCCCCACCGGGCAGGAGGGUGCUGGAGAUGCCUCCAACUCCUGGUCUGCGGAGGAUGGCGACGGCAGGGUGGAUCGGGGCAGGCGGUGGGCCGAGGAGAGCUGGCUGGGCGUGCUGCCUCGGCUGCGGCCGCUGCAGGCCAGGCUGCUGACACGAGGCCCUCGCUGCCUGCGCCGCACCUUCUCCCACCGCCUGCCCACCGAUGUCGGCUGCAGUCGGGCUCCCCACGGCCUGCCGGGCCGCUACCGUCGCCUCAGCCAGCGCCGCCGCUCCAGCGAUGUCCUCUGGCCCGGGCUGCUGGCCACCACUCGCACACGGUGGCUGGCCCAGCAGUGCGCAGGGGCCGCCUUCCCCGAGUGCUUGGGACCAGAACCAGCCUGCUGCCCCGACGGCUGGAGCCCCAGGCUGCUGAAAGCUAUUGCCAAGUCCAGCCUCCAGCACAUGGUAGCCCAGCCAAACCCCGUGCCAGCCCUGAGGAGUGAGUCAGAGAGGCAGAUACGCAGCACUGUGGACUGGAGCGAGACUGCAGUCUAUGGGGAGCACAUCUGGUUUGAGACCAAUGUCUCUGGGGAUUUCUGCUACGUUGGGGAGCAGAACUGCACGGCCAAGCUGCUGCAAAAACCUCUCUCCAGGCGUAAGUGUGCAGCAUGCAAGAUCAUAGUGCAUACACCCUGCAUAGAACAGCUGGAGAAAAUAAAUUUCCGCUGCAAACCUUCCUUCAGGGAGUCGGGAUCUCGGAAUGUACGGGAGCCCAUAGUUGUCCGGCAUCACUGGGUGCAUCGGAGGCGACAGGAGGGGAAAUGCCGGCAGUGCGGCAAGGGUUUCCAGCAGAAGUUUGCCUUCCACAGUAAGGAGAUUGUAGCCAUCAGCUGUUCAUGGUGCAAGCAAGCGUAUCACAGCAAAGUGUCAUGUUUCAUGCUGCAACACAUCGAAGAGCCCUGCUCAUUAGGGGCUCACGCUGCUGUCGUCGUUCCUCCCACCUGGAUUUUGCGGGUCCGACGGCCCCAGAAUCCAAUGAAAUCCAGUAAGAAAAAGAAGAGGACAUCAUUCAAGCGAAAAUCCAGCAAAAAGGGUGCUGAGGAAGGGAGGUGGAAACCUUUUGUCAUCAAGCCCAUGCCAGCUCCUCUCAUGAAGCCCUUGCUGGUGUUUGUGAACCCCAAGAGUGGUGGGAAUCAGGGAGCCAAGAUAAUCCAGUCCUUCAUGUGGUAUCUCAACCCACGGCAAGUUUUUGACCUCAGCCAGGGUGGUCCCAAGGAGGCGCUGGAGUUGUACCGCAAGGUCCACAACCUACGGAUCCUGGCAUGUGGGGGAGAUGGCACGGUGGGCUGGAUCCUCUCCAUUCUAGACCAGCUGCGCCUCAACCCACCUCCUCCUGUGGCCAUCCUGCCAUUGGGGACAGGCAAUGACUUGGCCAGGACCCUGAACUGGGGCGGGGGUUACACAGAUGAGCCUCUGUCCAAGAUCUUGUCACAUGUGGAAGAUGGGAACAUUGUGCAGCUUGAUCGCUGGAACCUCCGUGUGGAAGCAAACCCUGAAGCAAACCCUGAGGAAAAGGAUGAGGCAGCUGCUGACAAGCUUCCCUUGGAUGUCUUUAAUAACUACUUUAGCCUUGGUUUUGAUGCACGGGUGACGCUGGAAUUUCAUGAAUCCCGAGAGGCCAAUCCAGAGAAGUUCAACAGUCGGUUUCGGAAUAAAAUGUUCUAUGCUGGGACGGCUUUCUCCGACUUCCUCACAGGGAGCUCCAAAGAUUUAGCGAAGCACGUCAAGUUGGUUUGUGAUGGCGUGGACCUGACCCCCAAGAUCCAGGACCUGAAGCCACAGUGUUUGGUCUUCCUGAACAUCCCCAGAUACUGUGCAGGCACAAUGCCCUGGGGCAACCCUGGAGAGCACCAUGACUUCGAGCCGCAGCGCCAUGAUGAUGGCUGCAUUGAAGUCAUUGGCUUCACCAUGACAUCCCUGGCUGCUUUGCAGGUGGGUGGCCACGGGGAGAGGCUGUGCCAGUGCCGGCAGGUGGUUCUCACCACGUCGAAGGCCAUCCCCAUGCAGGUAGAUGGGGAGCCCUGCAAGCUGGCAGCUUCCUGCAUCCACAUCUCCCUGCGCAACCAAGCCAACAUGGUGCAGAAGACCAAACGGCGCAACUCCAUGCCUCUGCUCAACGACCAGCAGCCAGUGCCUGACCGGCUGCGAAUCCGAGUGAGCCGAAUCAGCAUGCGCGACUACGAGGCACUGCACUAUGACAAGGAAAAGCUGAAGGAAGCCUCUGUGCCGCUGGGGAUCAUCGUGGUUCCAGGGGACAGUGACCUGGAGUUGUGCCGGACCCAAAUUGAGAGGCUGCAGGAGGAUUUCUCUCCACAGCCCUCUGCUUUGCAGCGCCUGCUCUUUCAGGAAGGAGAUGGAGCCAAACCGAAGACAUUGUCAUCCCAGAAACUGUCACCAAAAUGGUGUUUCCUGGACUCAACCACAGCAGAUCGGUUCUACAGGAUAGAUCGUGCACAGGAGCACCUCAACUAUGUGACAGAGAUCUCUCAGGAUGAGCUCUAUGUACUGGACCCAGAGCUGGUGAUCACCCAGACCGUAGGCACAUCUCCUGCCAUGCCUGAUCUUGUUGACUCAUCUGCCACACCUCCUGGGCACCACUUUGCUUUCCCAUCCUCUUCCUCCUCUCCACCCUGCUCUCCUGCCCCCAGUGCUGACGCUGAGCUCUGCCUCCCGCACAAAGAUGACCUGAUAGAAGCUGCCAAGACUGGUAACUUCAGCAAGUUCCAAGAGCUGCACCGAGCUGGAAGAGACCUGAUGGUGCGAGACUCCUCUGGCCGAACUGUCCUCCACCAUGCUGUCGUAUCAGGGAGCAAGGACAUCGUCAAAUACAUAAUUGAGAAUGCCCCUUCAGAAAUCCUCGAUGCCACGGAGGAAGAGAACGGCGAAACCAGCUUGCACCAGGCUGCAGCUCUACGCCACCGCACUAUCUGCCACUACAUCGUGGAGGCCGGGGCAUCACUCAUGAAGACUGACCUGCAGGGAGACACCCCUAAGCAUAGGGCUGAGAAAGCCAACGACCCCGACCUGGCUGCCUACCUCGAGAACCGACAGCACUACCAGAUGAUCCAGCGGGAGGACCAGGAGACAGCUGUGUAGCGCUCAGCGUGCCUUAGCCCAGCCAGCUUGGGCAGGACGAGAAGAGGACGGCACCUGGCAGAGCUGUGAGUCUGGCCCAGCCCUCCCUACGCGUCAGCCCAGUCCCUGGAGGAGAUGGAGACAGCAGGGCUGUGACCCAGGCUGGGCUGGGACUCUUUAUGAGGACAGUGGGUAUUUGGGACUUGAAGCCCUGCUCUUUGCGUGUCCCCCUUUGCCUCUCAUCCACCACGUUCCCCGCUCCAGAUGGGCUCCAUCCCAGAGCCCCACUGGGGCAGGCAGGGAUGUAGCAAUCCGUCACCCUCACACAGGGGAGCAGUGGUAGUGCCCCCAGCAGGUUCUUGGGUUCUAUGACCCGUGCAGGACACCACUGCUCGCCCCUCUGCCUGCUAGCGGUACCGCUCCAUUAGGCACUUCACCUUGUCCAGAAGAAGCACCAUGACUACUGCCUCUGAGUCCUGUUCUCUCUUAUCAGCCUGGGACUGCCCUUGGUCUCUGCGGCAGGAGACAAGUCCCUUGUGUUAGGGAACGUGCACCCACCCCUUCCUCAGAGCAUCUGGGACUGGCACAGCUGGAUGCGGGGCAGCUGCAUUCAGUGCUGGGUCUGUGCUGCUCUCAGGAAUCUCCCUGUGCUCCCAACCUAUGCGACCGCUGCAUAUGGCUCUGCCAUCCCCACAAAUCAGACUCAGGGUUUUGCAGGGAAACCUGGGAGGUCCCCCAGCCCAGACACAAGCUCCCUGGGCGGGCUGCCAGCACACCUCCACAGGUUUUAGCAGAAAGAGGGAUUCGGAUGCAUAGGAAGCAUCAGGAUCCCCAGCCCCGAGUCAUGCGUGUGACAGGAUGGCAUUUGGGGCACCACCUGCCAUGGGACACGAGGCACCGUCUGCCCUACAGAGGCCACGAGUGCUGAUGUGGCACGGCAGCCAUCGUGCACACACUUUUGCAGAGCAGCAGUCCCUGGCUGCAGGGUGCCGGCAGAGGAGGAGGGCAGACGACUGUUGGCAUUGGUGCGUUCAAGCGAGAGGUGUGUGCAAAGCAGGUCUGGGUUUCAGCAUACAGGUGGGGUCCCAGGAGAGGAGGCCGGGGCGUCCCCAGUGUGCACUCGCACCCGACUGUGGCUGUGCUGGGUGACGCUGCUCACAUCCCCCUACAACACGAAUACUGAAGAAAAAAACAUAUCACCACACCACAGAGAACCACAAUGCCGAUCAGGCUUUAGACUGGGGCAGAGUUACCUUUGAGGCUGUGGGGCAGCUGGACCAGAGCAGCGCACGAGGCUGGUGCCGGGGCUCAGUGAUUAAUACCAUCCCAGCAGCACCAGGAGCUCCCAUCAGCGCUGCUCACUUGUGGACAAACGCUGUCAUCUUCCCAAAGGUGCAAAGUGCUGCCCCAGCUAGGGGCCCAGCUCCCCCUUCUCCCCAGUUUGUACGUCCCCGUUUUUGUACAGGUAGUUCAGAGACACACUGUCCCCCUCCCCGCCGGGCCCCGCGCGUGAGCCGAGUUGCUGUGCAAUUCCGAGCCUGGCUGGUGUGUAGGCAGAGGCGGAGGGCUGUCGGUAGCCCUGCCCGCAUGGGGCAGGGGAUCUGUGCAAUACCCGGUUCGGUGUUCCCAGACGCUGUGGUAGGACUGUAUUUUUGUAACUCUGUGCGUGCAGGCUCUAGCGGGCCCGGGGCCUGGCGCGAGCCCGCCUUCCCGUCGCUUUUUGACUUUUGACUGUUUGGAUGUUGUUGUUUCUUGCCGUUGAAAUAAAAAAGAAAUGGAUGUUUUAA